AUGGAUGAGCUAGCCACAGACUCCGCCACCAGCCCGCCAGAGACCGGUAGCGUCCCGCCAACCGCCAGUCCCAGGAGCAGGAACUUCUCUCCUGCUGAGAAGAUCAACCCUGCACUUCAGGCAGUUGAGGAGAUGAUCAAGGAUAAAGAAAAGAGGACCAAGGGAUUGUCCUACCAGGAUAAAUUCACCAAAAGGCUCUUCCUUCAGGAGGAAGAUGCCAAGCCCGACUACCCAGAGGAUGGGGUCUGCAAGGAAUGCAGGACCUUGGAGAAGGGAAGGAAAUACUGUGUUAUCGGAGGUGGCGGUACUGCCGGAAAGAGGUGUGCCAGAUGCCUUCUUGGCGGAAAGCAAUGCAGCUUUGAUCCCAUGAGGAAGAGGAAAGCUACAAAGGCCUCUAAGGAAGCUGGUCCCUCCAAACUUCCCAAGUUGGACAAAGGAAAGGGAAGAGCCAGGCCUAUCGUCAUAGCGGACACCGAUAGCGGUUCCGGUAGCGACUCCGCCGACUCCGGUAGCGACUACGACCGCUCCGCUAACACCAAUGGAGGAAAGUUGGAUCAGAUCUUGGAGUUGUUGAAGGAGCAGAAUGGAAGGUUGAAAAGGUUGGAAAGGAAGAUGGACAACUUGUAG